CAGCUGUAGUUGCACGGAAUGUGUAUCUUGCACCAAAUGCGGUCCCAACGCACAGCCGUAUGCAACUAGUCGACUGGGUCAAUGAUUUGGCUGGCACCCAUCAUACGAAGGUUGAGCAGCUAUGCUCUGGACAUGCAUAUUGUCGUAUAUUUGUCGAUCUUUUUCCAGGUACACUCAAUAUGAAAAGGGUAAAAGAGUCUGCGACUUUUGAAAUCGAUAAGAUUUCAAACCUCAAGGUGUUGCAAAAAGCUUUUAUGACCGUCAAAGUUGACAAGACGGUACCCAUCGAAGCGCUCGUUAGAGCUAAAUAUCAAGAUAACUUAGAAUUCGUUCAGUGGUUCCGUAAGUUCCAUGAGGCGAAUGGUGGUGAUAGAAUGCCUUCUGUUGAGCCAACGACUGCUUCAAGGCCGACAUCGAGCGGUAAACCGAAAUCACAAACAGCCCCUGUAGCCACCAGACGGGCCACUGGCGGAGGACCCAUUCGCACCGCCACCACCGCAACACCCACAACGACCACCGUUGUCCGUGAGGUCGAUCCGGCGCUUAUAGAAGAGAACACAAAAUUGAAGCAAGAAGCUGAGAAAGUUAAAGGAAGUUUACUAGCACUAGAGAAGGAACGAGACUUCUAUUUUAACAAAUUACUGACUGUAGAGGGCAUUUGCCAGGCAGAACAGGAUACUGCACCCGGGAAUGAACUCAUAACGAGGAUAUUGGCUAUCUUAUACGAGACUGAUGAUGGCUUCGCUCCGCCGCAGAAUCCUGACACGGCGGAUGUUGAUGAUGCGAAUAACGAAAUGAUGCAAGAUGUGAAUGGGGAGGAAUGUUUUUAAUCCGAUAAACUUGGCCAUGAAAGGCCUUCCCUGUACGUAGUCGCAAUAAAAGAGUGCCUCAGAUGCAAAGCAUUGCUCAA